AUGGGAGACGAACGGGGAAAUCCUGAAUCUCAUCUGUCCAAGAGGUUUUCCUUUUUGGCUGCAUCAGCAGUCCUUCUUUAUCCUACCUUUGGCCUCGGAAUAGAGACAGCAAACUUUCCUUUCCUCUACAUCCUUUCAAUAGCAAUGGCACUUUACCUCUUUAUUAUUCCAGUCAUUUCUGCUCUGAAAUUUUACCUUUUAACCCUUACAACCUUGGAAGACUUGAACAAUCAUAUUAUUCUUAUGCUGAAAUCUUGGCCAAUUAUUCUUAUAGUUUUCUUGGUCGCCGCACUAUACUUGAUCAGGGGUCGUCCAAGAAACAUUUACUUGGUCGAUUUUGCAUGUUACAAGCCAGACGAGGCGGAUAUGAUGAGCAAACAACAACUCUUAGACAUAAUGUCAUCAACUUUUGUAGACGAGGCUGUACAUUUACAGAAGAAAGUAUUGGAGAGAAGUGGUUAUAGUGACAAGACGUAUCUUCCAGAGAGCAUUAGAAGGCUCCCUGAAAAGAUAAUGACGUUUGAAGAAUCGAGAAAGGGAACAGAAAAAGUCAUAUUUGGAGCCAUAGACGAUUUAUUGGCGAAAACAAAAGUGAAGGCUCGUGAAAUUGGGAUAGUUAUAGUGAACAUUGAUGUUCUAACACCAACACCCUCUCUAUCCUCCAUGAUAGUUAAUCAUUACAAGCUUGGAGUGGAUGUGCUCACUUAUAAUAUCUGUGGCAUGGGUUGCAGUGCUGGACUCAUUUCUAUAGACCUUGCAAAUCGACUUUUGCAGACACAAGUGAGUGCCUAUGCGAUGGUAGUUAGCACAGAAAGCACCGACUCUGGUUACAAUCUUGGAAAGGAUAAAUCAAAGCUUGUAUCAAACUGUCUUUUUCGUGUGGGUGCUGCUGCCAUUCUCCUCUCUAACUGCUUCUCAGACUCUCGUCGUUCCAAAUAUAAACUUAUGCACGUUGUGCGUACACAUAAAGGAGUUGAUGACAGGGCAUUCAAAAGUAUAUAUCAAGAACAAGAUGAAGAUGGAAAUAUUGGCAUAUCGCUCUCAAAAGGCCCAAUGGUCGUAGCUGGAGAGACUCUCAAAUCAAAUAUAACGACUCUCGGGCCAUUAGUCCUUCCUAUGUCCGAGCAACUUCUAUAUUUUGGGUAUUUAAUUGCUAGAAAAUUUUUUAAAUUGAAGAAUAUCAAGCCUUAUAUCCCGGACUUCAAGUUGGCGUUUGAACAUUUCUUCAUUCAUGCUGGAGGAAGAGCAGUGUUGGAUGAGAUGGAGAAGAAUCUUGACCUCACGGAAUGGCAUAUGGAGCCAUCAAGAAUGACGCUUUACAGGUUUGGAAACACAUCGAGUAGCUCGGUGUGGUAUGAAUUGGCCUACUCUGAGGCGAAAGGGAGGAUAAAGAAGGGCGAUCGAGCAUGGCAAAUAGGUUUCGGGUCAGGAUUCAAAUGCAACAGUGUUGUUUGGCAUGCCCUGAAGACUAUUAAUCCUGCUAUGGAGAAAAAUCCCUGGACUGAUGAGAUUCGUCACUUUCCGGUUAAUGUCCCUCUAGUCAUGCCUCUUUCUGUUUGA